AUGACUUCUAAGACAGUCCCCUCAGAAAGAGCAAGGAAAACAUUUCACUUGAUCUUGCACUGUGUUGCGCUAGUAGCUGGUACUACUGGUAUUUAUGCAGCUUUCAAAUUCCAUAAUGAGCUUUCGUUGCCAAAUACUUUACAUUCCUGGAUUGGCAUGUCCACAAUUUGCUUAUUCGGCUUGCAGGCGUAUACUCGUUCAUGUUUCCGGGUGCUAAUUCAGGAGCCAGUUCCAGAACGACGAAGUGGCACAGUUUCUUUCUCUUUCGGCUUUCUCAUGCGCCCUUCUGGUACCGCAAUGGCAGCUAAAACUGGUUCAAGAAUCCGUAUGUCCGCGACACCAUUGAUUAUUUUUGCUCAUUUGCUGGUCAUUGCAGUGACCAUCCUUAUACUUGUUUGGCUCCUCAGCUUCCGGGAAGGCAUUGCAUUUGAAUCCAGAAGUAAAGAGAAGAUCUUUAAUCUGCAUCCGCUUUUAAUGGCUAUCGGGUUUGUUUUGGUAGCAGGAGAAGCACUCAUGACUUAUAAGACAGUCCCAGAAGGAAGAGGGCGCGAAAGAUUUUACUUGAUCUUGCAUUGUGUUGCACUAGUAGCUGGAACUAUCGGAAUUUAUGCAGCUUUCAAAUUUCACAAUGAGCUUUCGAUGCCAAAUAUGAAUACUUUUCAUUCCUGGAUUGGCAUGUCUACCUUUUGCCUCUUCGGCUCGCAGUUUCUGUUGGGCGUAUACUCGUUCAUGUUUCCCAGUGCAGACGCAAGGGCCAGGUCCAGAACAACGAAGAGACAUAUGUUCUUUAGCGUAGUCGUUUUCCUGAUGGCAAUAAUAUCAGCAGAAACUGGCCUGGUGGAGAGAUUUACCUUCUUAGGACUACCUCACAGACAAAAAGAUUUAAUAAUGAGUUUUACCGGACAUUUAAUUCUACUCUCUGGAGCUGCGGUUAUUGUUAGAACAAGAUCAAGAAUGGUGCAGGCUUUAGUUUGCACAGUCAUCUUCUUGUCGGCGAUACUAUCUGCAGAAUUUGAGACAGUCACCCACUUAACCUUGCGGCGUCGCCAGGAAGCUGCAAUAAUAAAUAAUACUGGAAUAUUGAUUCUACUCUAUGGGGUUGCAGUUUGUCUCGCACUAAUUCUUCCGGGACAUCAGUAGCAGUCUAUUAUAACAAAACAAAACAAAAUGUAACCGUUCUCCCCUUUGUCUAUGUAUUCUCCUACUAAUGUCUCUCCUUCGUUUUUGUUCUAUUCUCCUAU